AUGCAGAGCCCCAUGACAUGCCAACGGAGCAACAGCUUUGCUGGACCAUGUGCCUCUAUUACUACAAGCAGCCCCUCUUCGGUCAUGAUCGACUUGCAAUCUCCGAUUCGAAGAAAGUCCUCUAGUGAUGCCAACACAAGAUCAGAUUGGAAUCGCCGCAAAAAUGCCCUCUACCGACGAUCCAGGACGGUACCCCUCAAGGCGCCAGUCUCGUUGGACGACGCCAGUACUGGCAACGAUUCCUGUCGCAGCUGGGAACAACGCAAGGCAGGAUUGAAGCAAUCCCUGCAAAGCAGCCCUCGGAAACGAGUCCGUCGCAUCUCACGCUCUUCGUCGCGACCGUCUCGGUGGGAAAGCGAAAGUCCCGUCAAGAAAGAACAACCAGCCAAACAAGAAGCAUGCAAAGAUGCCACCUGCCGAUGGCAGAGUAGUUCACCACGCAGCCACAGCAUGAGCCCUCAAUGUCGACGUCCUAUUCGAGAGGCCAAUGCAGCAGUGACAGACUCUCCUCGCAUGCCAAGACGACGCAAUUCCAACAACUUUGACAACGUCAACAACAACAUUAGCAGGCGGAAGAUGCCCGCAGCGUUUCAACAACGAAAGCGUCAGCCAGCUCUCGAUGUGCAGGGAAGCACUAGGGAUUGUGGUGCAGGACUGGCGAAUCUCAAAGCCAAAGUCAAGAGUGGAUUCCCUUGA